UAUUUUCGUUCCGCCGCGGCAUGUUAUAUGGAUUGUGUCGCCCGUCCGUGUGCGUUUCGGUGCGUGCGCGCGUCGUGUGUUGUGCUCGAUGCGCGCGCGCCCGUCGACCGGCGGUUGCGCCAGCAACGGCGGCGGCCAACAAUCCAGAGUCCGGACGGCUGAGCCGGCGGCCCGUACGCAGCACUUUCCACCGCUCUCGUCCCCGUCACCACCGACCACCCCGCCAUCACCGUACACACGCGCGCACGCAUUCACGCACGCACAAACACACGCACGAUAGCACGCACGCACGCACGCCGCACUGUCGCUCGCGUGCGCCGUCGGCCGCUCACCCGCCAGUCCAUCGACAACGCGUCCACAACGGUCGUCGGCGUUGUUUUGGUAUUACCUUAUUACACCACCCCAACCCCUUUCCCCGCCGACGGAUAUCACCGCAGCGGCGCUGCCCGUUCGUCAGCACACCGCUGCCGCUGCUCCCCAUCGUUGUCGUAGUAGUCGCCGCCGCCGCCGAGUGUAUUUGUUAUUAUUAUUAUUAUUACUAUUAUUACUAUUAUUAUUACCAUCAAGUAUCGAGUGCGCGUCGUCGUGUACUUACCUUCACGUCGUCUCGACUGCCGCAGCUAUUAUUACUAUUAUUAUUAUUAUUAUUAUUAUUAUUAUUUUUAGACGAAUUAUUAUUAUUAUUAUCGCGUUAUCGGUGUAAUUAUUAUCGUCGUGUUUUUCGGCGUUAAUUUUCGAUACCGUCAGUCGUCGAGGUGCCGUGUGUGACGUUAAAUCAUCGAACGCAGCACUAGCACACACUUGGUUUGUCGCCCACCGUCCGCCGACACGACAACCGGGGACGCGUUUCUGUCGACCGCGAACCUUGUCCGUCCGCAUUCCGUGCGCGCGUGUGUACAAAAAACCAUAGGUGCUAGGCACAACCGCCGCCAUACCGUAAAACGUACAGUCGUCGCCCGUAGCCUAUUGUUCCGGAUCGGUGACGACGCGGUUGUCAUAGGCGUCGAAAUCGAACAAAUACCUCGGGCGCGCGCCGUUCCGAGAACCGACGACGUUUGGUGCCGUCGUCUUUGUGCCUAUCGAUUAUGGCGGCAGCUGCCAUCGCCGCCGCCGCCACCAUUUCAUCCGCUGCUGCCAUACCGCGACGGGUCACGGUUGUACUCGUAGUUCGUCGUAAUCGCGGCCGCCACGACGAUCCCGCGCCUACAUAAGCGACGCCACGUUUGCGCCACCAGUGGGUGACACGAAGAUAGAGUUUUAGUCCGUAGACGUCUUUGUCCGAACGACCGGUGACUGUACCGUCAAACCGACCGCGUUUUCCGACGUCUCCGAGCCACCUUCCAGCGGUACCUUACUCGAGAUACCUUCAUGUUAAACGAAAAUUGUGACUUCAAUCAUAUCAAAUGCCAUAUGAGCCGCUUGUUUUGUUACACAGACUUGCGCCGGAAGACGUAAAUCACUUGAUACGACAAAAUCCUCCUCCCCCUACGAUUACCAAUCAACCACAAAAUGCCCACACAUUUCAAAACAAUGAAGGGAACAAAACCCAAUCACUGGAGAAGGAUGUAGUCUUAAACAAAAGUAAUUUACGUUUGGAAAAGAAACAAAAAUUGACUUCUGCUCGGUCGUCACCUAAAUUACGACUUCUAAAAUCUAAUUUAAACGGCGUGAAUCAUGAUAAGCAAAAACAAGAAAAAUGUACCAAGGAACAAAAAGUCACAAACAAUCGUAUAGGAGAAAUAUCAUUUGCUGAAAAAUCUAAACAUUCUAAACUUUUAACAACUGAUUUUUUUAAAAAAGAAUUAGUUGUAGUUAUUGAUAAUUGCUUCAAUGAGGUGUAUAGAGAUAUGGUAAAUAGUACAGCUCAACACCCAAAAACACGAAACCCUACCAAUUCAACAGUAGUCUCCAACAGCAAUACUAGUAGUAAUUCUGUAGCUUCGACUCGAGACUCAGCAGUUGGUAAAGAACACAGCAUAGAUGACACUAUUAUGAUAACAACUACAAAAUCUCCACUGUCUACAGCAACUCCAGUCGUAGAGGUGAUUGACAAAAGAACAAGAGAUAUUUCAUCAAAUAGACAACAGCACAUUACUGCAGACAGACAUGAUAAACAGACCAAUUAUGACAAGGUUCAGUAUGAUUCUUCCGGCCUCAGUUUGCGUACAAGGACUAUAUCGUCAACCACGGUACCUACUCCAUUGCACCAUUCAACAGUUCCUGGAUCAUGUUCUGUACAACCUAAUUCUUCUACUUCAUCAGUUACUACUCCUACUCCCAGACCUCGUGGUCGGCCCCCAAGACGAAAAAACCUGAAGCAUAUUGCUAAUAGAAAAGCACUGCAACAAGCUGCUAGUAAAAUAUCAGAAGAGAAAAAAGUCUGUGAUUUAAGCACAUCAAGUCCUGAAGUAGAAUCAGCAGCAAUUAGUUUGGAACGUUUGCAGCAACAACAAAAGUCACUGAUUGAGUGUAAUGGUAUUGAAAGUUAUGACGAUGAGCAAGAAAAUAGUGAAAAGGAAGCCUCCUAUGUUAAUCCUGGUAAAGAUAAUAUACAUUUAGCACCGUCACCAGAAGUUGUUAAAGAUGGUGGUAAAGAUGAUACAGAUGAUGAUUGUAUUAUUGUAGGUAUCACUUAUAAAAAGAAAAGUAAUAAUCGUAAAAGAAAACAAUCUGAUUCCGAAGAAACUGUUGCUGAAAAACGUCUUUUGAUAUCUGAUAAUUCUAAAGAUUUAUUAGUGGAAAAAAGUGUAAUAGACAAGUCUUCAUUGCCAGACAAAUCAAACUCUGAUUUAGUCGAGUAUGGUUUCUUAGCUGGUUGUAACAUUUUUGAACGAUACCGACAAUGUACUGAUUUGAAGUCAUCCUCUUCUGAUUGUUCUUCAGUUUUAUACGGUCGCACAUAUUGGCCAACAAGUUGGGAAUAUUCGGCAGCAGCGCUCACUGGUCAUGUUCAAAAAAAAACAUCUAAAGAAGCAUUACGUAAAAUAAGAUUGAUUUCCGGUGGAGGAGCCUCUAGUAAAACCAAUGGUACUUCUAACUCAACCUCACUAAAAACCAAUUCUAUACUAAAGAAGUAUCAAACAUCAGUUCUUCAAAGACGUGGCACUGCUUGCAAAUCAACUCCAAAAACUCCUGUUGAAGUGUCUGAUGGUACAAGACAUCAGCCUUCGACAUCAACAACUAUUGUAAAACGACAGAAAGGUCGGCCUCCUGGUAGAAAAAACAAGUUAUUGCAGGCUGUUUUAAAAUCAAAUAGUCCGCGAAAGUCGCCUCGUCAACAUGCAUCUACAUUAGCAGCAAUCAUGUCUAACAAAGUUGGAAAUCCUGAUAAAGUUGGAAAUCAAGAGUCUGAUAAACUAGAAGCAGGUCUAGAAACUAACCAAAAUUCUUUAGACAUGGAUGUACCAUGUUUAUUGAAGAUGUCCAUGCCAAAUAAUGAACAUAUGCCAGAAUUCCGUCAUCACAGACAUCGUCGGCAAUUAGAAAAUAAAUGUAUCAUUAAACGUCGUCGUCGACGUCGUUCAACUACUCCCCCGCCCCCUAAAUUGUGUGCUCAACAACCAGCUCCACAGCGUAUUUCUAUAAAUACUGCUGUAGAUCAAGAAAGAGUGAAAUUGCGUACUAAACAUGUGGAUGUAGUGAGGAGGCGAGCACGGGAUGAGAGACUACGUGCUGCAUUUGUGUGUCAACAAUUACAUAAAGUACAAGAAAUAGCUGAACAAAACCGUUGUAGAAUAGCCCAAGAGGCUAAACAAACUCUUGAUAUAAAUAAAGAAGACUACCAGUUCUCAAAUAAUGCUAUAAUAUUACCAUUUGAAGGUAAUCAAGACCAAAUUUGGUCUCAAAAUACUGAUAGUAAUCGAGAACCUGAUAAUAUGUGUUUACAAAUAAUGUAUGAACAAACUGCUGACAAGAGGUUUUUAUGUACUAAUUUAACAGAUGAAACUCUGCAACUGUAUUAUCAACAACGUGAAUUGGCUUUAACUGAACGUUUAACAAAUAAUCAUGGUGAAACAUUGUCUUCCGAUUUAGGUACAGACAUGAUAUCAAAUAAGCGAAAGAAAAAACGGCCAAAUAUGACUGGUUGGCCAAAAGAAAAACGUCGAAAAAUCAUGCCUACCACAUCAUCCAUGAACUCAGCUGUAGAAGACGCAAAUGGUGAUAGUGAUACUGAAAGAGAUGAUGUUGCCAAACGUCGAAGAGCAGCGGCAGCAGAACAACAGAGGCUCAGACGUCAACGUAUAAAAUUAGAGCAGCAGCAGCUACUCAAAGAAAAAUCCAAAGUCAAGAUAAGAGCUGCUUCGCCUAAGCGAAGAGGACGAAGACCAGGACGCCCAAGGCGCCCUGGUCGUCCUGGUCGUCCAGGUCGCCCAGGUCGUCGUCCUGGCCCUAAUAAAAAAAAUAAAACUCCAACAUACCGACGUAACAAUAGUGUGAGUAGUAAUGGUACAACAGCAAGUAGUAAUACCAGUAGUGCUACCACUAAAGUAAAAAAAGUAAGAACACCAAGAAAGCAACGUACACCUGCACAAAAUAAAACUGCUGCACCUAUUGCAUCUGUGACACCUGUUACACCAAAUACAAUUGUAAAGCGAAAAUGUGGAAGACCUGUAGGAAGUGUUGGUCUACGACAACGAUUAAAAUUACAGUUGUUACAACAGAAUUGUCAAAACCAAACUCCAUCAUCCUCUGAACAACAAAAAGAGAAUGUUGUCCAGCAACAGUCUAGUACAGGUAAAUUGAAAUGUGUUAUAUCAACACGUAAUAAUCGCAUGAAAUUAUUGUCAACCUCUGGCAGAAGUUCCCCUGCAGCAUUGAAUCAAAAAAAGACAACGACUGCAAGCAAAACUAAGAAGUCAGCUGCUGCGUAUAAUUUAACGUCUUCAUGUUUAACAUCACUUCCAUCAUCACAGGUGACAGAGGUGGGUAAAAUUACUAGAACAACAGCUAAAAGAAGAAGACUUCAACAGCAUCAACAAACAGCCACAGCUACAGUUACUUGGGAUGUUGGGAGGCCUAAAAGAUAUCAUUCAACCAACCAUAGUAGGAAUGCUAGUAGUGUGUGUGAAGAAGAUUGUUGUUUUGUUGGAUCACAACCAUUUGAACAACAUUGUCCAGGUGGUGGAGGUGGCUUAAGUCAUAAUACUGUGCUUGAAAAUCAUCAAGAUCACCAAAAAGAAAACACAGUACACAGUGGUUUAUAGUAGAUACUACAGCAAUUGUUCAUUAUUAUUAUUUAUAUUUUUUAUUAAUUAUUAUUACAAUUAUUUUUUUUUCUUACCAAAUGUUUGUAUAAAUUAGAAUUAAUAUUAUUAGAUAAAACUGUAAACAAAAACAUGUAUUCUCUUAGUACAUAAAAUAUAAUUUCUAGCCAAAUUUUUACCCAAAUAAAUUUUAUACUUCUGUAUAAAUAACUAACAAAUAAACUAGUCGAAUAUUAAUUUUUUUUUAUCUUCCCUUGUUUCUUUUUUUAAGUAACUCAUCAAAUACUACCCUUUUCCCGCAUUAUUAUUACAAAGAAUUGGUGUGAAAAAUUGUUAAAUAAUCUAAAAAAAGACUGUUUCGGUUCCUAUAUGUAAGAAAUUAUUAAUAUUUUUUUUUUUUUGGCUUUUUUUUAAUAUUUUUAUUCAUUUCUUAGUGUAAUCAUUCCUGUAACAAUUCUUAAUUUUUAAAUUAAAUUAAAAUUGUUUAAAAAUAAUACAUUAGUAUGAAGUUGUACUGUAUUAAGUUGUAAGGAGAAGGUUUUAUUUAAUUUAUAUUUUUAUAAUUUGUACUUAUCUUUAAUGUUUAUUGGUUAUAUGUUAAUGAAUUUAUUUAUUAUAAUUUUUUUAUACAUUUAUAUUAUGGCAAAGUUAAUAAAAAUGGUGCCAUGAUACUUCUCUUCCCAUUAUAAUAAUGUAGAGGAUUAAUCAAAAACAAAUUUAACGAUAAUUAACUAUGUAAUAGUAUUAUAUAUUAUAAUGUAAUAUGUUUUUGGCCCUACAUGAUGGGGAAUAAAACGAAUUUUAAAUUAUUUUA